AUGAGCAAUUUUGACCAAGCUAAGUUGGCUGAACUGGAAUCCGUCAACUACGUUUUGGAGGUAUUUGUGACGUUCCUUUACGUGCUUUUUAUGAAUGAACUGCCAUGGCCGGUGAUAGAGAACAAUUUUAUCAAAUACUGUCAACACUUUUAUCCACCGAUAAUAACAUUAGAGUCCAAGCGGAGGAGGCCUAUUCAAAUCUUCCAAUAGAAAGUAAGGUCAGUCAUUUACUUGGUGCAAUACACAAUGCCAGCUUGGGAGAUGAUGCAAGGCAGAUGUCUGCAGUGUUACUUCGACGUGUUUUUUCAAACGACUUUGCAGAGUUUUAUCCAAAGCUCCCACCUGAAAGUCAAGCUCAGCUCAAAGAACAAGUUCUACUAGGAGUCCAACAAGUUCAAACUGAACAGUUACGACACAAAGUAUGUGAAGUUGUAGCUGAAGUAGCUCGAAAUCUAAUAGAUGAAGAAGGAAACAACCAAUGGCCUGAAUUUUUGCAAUUCUUAUUCCACUGUGCCAAUGACUCCAACCCAGUGCUCAAAGAGGCUGCCUUACAGAUGUUCACUAGUGUUCCUGGAAUUUUUGGAAAUCAACAAAACAAUUAUUUAGAUUUGAUUAAACAUAUGUUAUUGCAAAGCUUACAACCUUCAGAAGCAUAUGAAGUUCGGUUCCAAGCUGUCAGGGCAGUGGGUGCUUUCAUUGUAGUAAAUGACAAAGAAACACAAAUAUUGAAACACUUUUCCGAUUUAUUAGGCCCCAUGUUAAUGGUUAUUGCUGAAAACAUCCAACAACAGGAAGAUGACACCCUUCUAAAGGUUUUAAUUGAUUUAGCAGAAAAUACUCCAAAAUUCUUAAGGCCGCAAUUAUUGGGAAUUUAUGACAUCUGUAUAAGCUUGUUUAAUGAAACCAGUGCCUUGGAUAGUUGGAGAACUUUAGCCCUUGAAGUGAUGGUUACUCUAGCAGAGGUGGCCCCAGCCAUGGUCAGAAAGCAUGCGGCGAGAUACAUGGAACAAUUGGUUCCACUUAUUUUGCAAUUUAUGGCAGAUUUAGAAGAAGAGGAAGGAUGGGCUGAGUCAGAUGAAUUGCUUGAUGAAGAUAAUGACUGCAACAAUGUUGUUGCAGAAGCUGCCUUAGAUCGGUUGGCUUGUGGUUUAGGCGGUAAAGUUAUUCUACCUCUUGUAACAGCAAAUAUUCCUCAAAUGUUGGCUAGUCCUGACUGGAAACAGCGUCAUGCUGCGUUGAUGGCGAUCAGCGCUAUAGGAGAGGGCUGCCUCAAACAAAUGGAGCCCAUGUUACCCCAAAUAAUGGACGGCGUUCCUGGGGUCAUGGAAGGUGUGGUUAGAUAUUUCCACGAUCCCCAUCCAAGGGUGCGUUAUGCCGCUUGCAAUGCCAUUGGUCAGAUGGCUUCUGAUUUUGCUCCUGUGUUUGAGAAGAAAUUUCACGAUCGUGUGGUGCCUGGUCUAUUGAUGUUACUAGAUGAUAAUAGUAAUCCAAGAGUACAAGCUCAUGCAGGUGCAGCGAUGGUCAAUUUUGCUGAAGACUGUCCAAAGCAUAUCCUAAGUGGUUACUUGGAACCAUUAAUGGCAAAGUUAGAAGGAAUUUUGACAUCUAAAGUGAAAGAGCUGCUUGAAAAGGGUACUAAAUUGGUAUUGGAACAGGUUGUCACUACCAUAGCCAGCAUUGCAGACACAGCUGAAGAUGAAUUUGUUACUUACUAUGAUCGUCUGAUGCCUUGUUUGAAGUAUAUAAUUGAAAAUGCUAAUAAACAGGAAUACAAAUUGUUGAGAGGUAAAGCGAUAGAAUGUGUAACGCUCAUCGGAGUAGCAGUCGGCACGGCAAAAUUCAGUAGCGACGCCACUCAAGUCAUGGACAUGCUUUUGAAAACUCACGGUAACGGCAUCGAAUUGCCAGACGACGAUCCACAAACGAGUUAUUUAAUUUCCGCAUGGUCCAGAAUAUGUAAAGUGUUGGGCAAAAACUUUGAACCUUACUUACCCUUGGUAAUGGGACCUGUCAUGAAAACGGCGGCAAUGAAACCGGAGGUCGCUUUACUGGAUAGCGAUGCAAUGGCGGAUAUCGACGGAGAAGUGAAUGAAUGGGAGUUUGUCUCUCUCGGGGAGCAGAAAAAUUUCGGUAUUCGGACAGCCGGUUUAGAAGACAAGGCAGCGGCUUGCAUAAUGCUGGUGUGCUACGCACGGGAAUUGAAAGACGGUUUUGCACCGUACGCGGAAGAAACGGUCAAAUUGAUGGUACCCAUGUUGAAGUUUUACUUUCACGAUGGUGUGCGCAACACGGCCGCCGAAUCAUUACCUUGGUUGCUAGAAUGCGCCGCCUGCAAGGGACCGGCGUUCGUCAGCGACAUGUGGCGAUACAUUUGCCCUGAAUUGCUGAAAGCGAUCGACACAGAACCGGAAAACGAAGUUUUGUUGAUUAUGUUGGACUCUUUAGCUAGAUGUAUUCAAAAACUGGGACCUUCCUAUAUUAAUCAAGAAUCGAUGAGUGAAAUUUUAAGAAUUAUCGAUAAGCUCAUGACGGAACAUUUUGAAAGGGAAAAUGAUAGGCACAAAAAACACCUUGAUGAAGAUUAUGAUGAGGAGGUACAAGAACAACUAGAAGACGAAGAAUCGGGCGACAUAUACAUUUUAAGCACUGUAGCGGAUGUGGUGCACUCUCUAUUUACAGUCUACAAGGAGAAUUUUAUACCGUUUUUCGAUCAGGUUUUAAAUCACUUUGUUAACCUUCUUACCCCGACCAGAAGUUGGGCAGACAGGCAGUGGGGAAUUUGCGUGUUCGACGACGCGAUCGAAUUCACUGGCCCAUUGUGCGUCAAAUAUCAAAGUUACUUCAUUCAGCCAUUGGCAGUCUACAUUAGGGAUAAGAGUUGCGAGGUUCGUCAGGCAGCUGCGUAUGGUUGGGGUGUGCUGGCCCAAUUCGGCGGCGAACAAUUCGCUGGCGAACUGGCGAAAAUUGUGCCAUCAUUGAUUGAAAUCGUCAAUGAUCCGGAGUCCAGAGACGGAAGGAACGUGAACGCCACCGAGAACGCGAUAUCCGCCAUAACGAAAAUAAUGAAGUACAAUAAUUCCGGCAUAAACUUGAACGAAAUUAUUCCGUUGUGGUUCUCUUGGUUGCCCGUGAUCGAAGACUCGGACGAGGCCACUCACGUUUACAGUUAUAUGUGCGAUUUAAUUGAACAAAAUCAUCAAGCCGUGGUCGGUGUAAACAAUGAGAAUAUUCCGAAAAUAAUCCAUAUAAUUGCUGAAGCCUUCUACAAAGAGGCGAUCGAACCAAACUCGCAAGAAGGUUUUAGAAUGUUAAACAUCGUAAGACAAGUACAAUUAAAUGAGUCUUUUUUUCAAUCGGUGGUCCAGACAAUGACACCUGAACUGCAGCAAGCAUUACACAUGGCAUUGCAUUCGCCGCCUCCCACGUAGUAAAUUAAUUUCUACAGUUUUAUCAUCUUCAAAAUUAUAAAUAGCUUAUUUUAUUUUUAUAAUGAUAGUUACUGGUUAAAUGUAUCAAUUGAUCUAAAUAGUUUUUACCUUUUGAUAAGGUAAAUUAAUUUCACUGUUAUAUGAACGUUUUUCUUUUUUUUUAAUUAAUUUGUACAUAAAUUAUCCAUUAUAUAUUAUACGUUCAUCCAACAAUUGCAAAUAUAUUUUGUCGUUUUUUCAACUGAAACUUUAUUGUGCUGUGAAAUAAUGUUAAAUAUUAUUGAUUAUUCUUCCAGUUUUAAAUAAAUUGUGUUAGGCGCAUAUGGGAAUUAGGGAUUGUAGUUUUCCCGAGAAUGACAAACUUAGGAAGUUUAAGUCUAACAAAAUGUUUGCCUUGUUAUGAAUAUGUCCCCUCAGAGUUCCAAUGAGUCUGCAAAUAAAUUGUCUACAAUAAAA